AUGGAGCAGUACAACACUAAAAGUGCAGGCGUCAAACGCCUUAUGAAAGAAGCACUAGAAUUACGCGAGCCUACUGAGAUGUAUUUUGCUCAGCCAUUAGAGGACAACCUUUUCGAGUGGCACUUCACUGUUCGCGGUCCGCUGGAUUCCGACUUCGACGGAGGGAUUUAUCACGGACGAAUCCUCUUUCCACCUGAAUAUCCGAUGAAACCUCCGAACGUGGUUAUUCUUACGCCAAAUGGUCGAUUCGAGUUAAACAAGAAGAUUUGUCUGUCCAUCUCUGGGUACCAUCCGGAAACAUGGCUCCCUUCUUGGUCAAUAAGGACCGCUCUACUUGCACUAAUUGGUUUCAUGCCAACUGCUGGUGCUGGUGCUCUUGGUAGUCUAGAAUACCCAGUAGCUGAACGUAAAAAGUUGGCAAAAAAAAGCUUGGAAUGGAAGUGCAAGGAGUGUGGUGCCUGUAUGAAAGACGCAUUGAAGCCGCUUACGGAGGAUGCUAAGAAGAGCAACGAAGAGGCAAAAGAGUUGGCAUCACAGCUUAGUUUCAAGGAUGAAGAAGAGAAAAAAGCUGCGAUUGCUGAAGCUGAGGAAUCUACACCUGCUUCCGUCACUGAUAAUAUGAAUAACGAUGGGAAUCAAGCGAAUGGUAUUGUUGGGGAGGAAGUGGUAUCAGUUGCUGCAGAACAAACACAACAGCCGUCUACAUCUCCAAAUCAACAAAAUCAACAACCUCAGACCCCUAUUAUAACAGCAAACCGCUCAAUACCAGCAGUUUAUUCUGAUUCGGAGUCGUAUGCGUCUCUUUUCAUCACGGUACCUAUUUGUGUCGUAUUCUUAUCGUUAUUCGCACUUCUCUUAGCUCGAAGAUUCUUACUCGAAGUUUGA